AUGGGUCUUGACGCCUGUGAUCGAGGACGCUCAAGGGCCAAUGGGUUUGCGCCGGGAAUGCGGUUUGAGGCUAUAGUGCUGUAUACCAUAGUAGUGUUGCUUAGCCGUGCUGCAUGUGCCGUGUGCGGUCAAGUUGUCGUGACCGAACCAGACGGAUGUUCAGGAAGAGUUGUCGUGCCUUGUUGGUUGGUGGGGAGACAUUGGGGGAUGGGAAAUGCCGUGUGUGUUUUCUGGGCGGUUUGUUACGUGAAGCCAUGGGACCAAGCCUCCCCCGCCUCUUCCCCUGCUCAAGAUAACACAAGCCAAGCUCGUCCGGGAAACAUUUUCUACCGCCCUAUUGUACCUACCUACGACGCAAAAGCAGCGUCGGCUGGCUCGUUUGGAUCAAGGAGCACCUGGGCAUGA